AUGCUCAGACCACGGUUUUUGCCUCUAGAUGACCGAGCCAUACGAGAAAGUGAGAGAAAGGCUGCCAAGCUGCAUUUCAGUCAGUUGGGUAACAAUGAAAAUUUUCUUUUAGAGGUGGAAAAAAGCUCUAGGGAGAAGACAGUGAAAAACUGUGUAGCAAAUGAGAGCACUGCAUCAAAAGUCAGCACUGAUGUUGAUGACAGGAUUGAAAUUGGCUCAAACAAAGGACUUUUUAUUCCCUUCCCAAACUGGGAAAUAAAGGAUUCCCCAACAAGUACUUCUGUAACCCAGGACAAUGGUAUACCAGGUCAGAAAUUAGACACUUUGCCACUGGGGACACAGAUGCAGGAAGUGGCAAGAAAGGAGAUACCAAGUGAGAAUCACCAGGAAGAUGAUCUGUAUGCCACAACCCAUUUCAACAGCGACCCUGCUCUGCUGGUGAAUGUAGAGCAAAACUUAUCCACCAGCCUUGGCGAUUUAACACCAGCACAUGGUUCUUUCCCAAACAACACCAUCCUGGGAGACUCUCUGCGGACACUGCUGUUGCCUACUGGGACUUCAGAAAACAGAGAGAGUUUGACCAAGGGGUCAUUAAGCCCAUCGAGAAGAGGAUUCAAACGGAAAGAAAAUAUCCUUGAUACCCUGAAUCCAAAACAUGGUUUCAGAGAUGCUACAGGCAGCGAGCCUCUCUCUAGUGACCUGGGCAGUUUGCAUGGUUUGCCAGGAAACCACAGUCCCCCAAUCUCUGCCAGAGCAUCCCAUGUGGCCACUGUCCUCAGACAGCUCCUGGAGCUUGUGGAUAAGCACUGGAACGGUUCCGGCUCCCUCCUCCUCAACAAGAAGUUUCUGGGUCCUGCCCGAGAUCUGCUUCUGACUUUGGUAGUCCCUGCUCCUUCUCAGCAGUGGUGUCACUCACGUCCUGAAGAUACAUCAAAAGCCUCCCACAAGAGGGAGAUGGAACUGAAGAAGACGGGGCAGCUGGUCCCUAAUGACAUGGAAAGUUUGAAGCAAAAACUGGUCAGAGUGCUGGAGGAAAACCUUAUUUUGUCAGAAAAAAUCCAGCAAUUGGAGGAAGGUGCUACCACCUCGAUUGUGAGUGGGCACCAGUCCCACACUUAUGAUGAUCUUCUGCACAAAAACCAACAGCUGAACAUGCAGGUGGCUUGCCUGAACCAGGAGCUUGCCCAGCUGAAAAAGCUGGAAGAGAUAGUGGCCCUUCUCCACGAAAGUCAGAGAUCCCUGGUGGUAACUAAUGAGUAUCUGCUGCAGCAGCUGACUAAAGAGCAAAAAGGUUAUUCUGGGAAAGCACUCCUGCCUCCUGAGAAGAGUCAUCAUUUGGGGAGAUCAUCGCCCUUUGGGAAAAGCACUCUGUCUUCCUCCUCACCAGUGGCACAUGAUACGGGUUAGUAUCUAAUACAGAGUGUUUCAGACUCUGUCCCAGAGCCUAGUCUAUGGAGCUAGCACUGCAUACCUUUUUUGCAGCUUCCCUUUCAGCCCCAGGGGGCUCUCAGUGUCAUUGCCACUAGUAUGGUGGUAUUCACUCACAAGAUUAAGAAAAAAAUCUUAUUUUAA